AUGACAGAAAGCGAAGCAGAGGAAAUGGUUCUUAUAGAAAGAGAGUAUAGCAGAUACAAAGAAGCCAUAGAAAAGUUUGAGAUGAGAGAAAGGCACUUUGAGAUGAAGAAUAUAGGAUACAAUCUUUCGAUUGAUGUGUUUGGAGAGGAUAUAGAGUUGCUACAGGCAUUCAUUGGAUAUGCAAAUGCACUGGGAAUAAGCACAUGCAAGAUAUACGAACGUAUCGCUGUUGCAGUAAUGUCUGCGAAUGUGCCUGCUGUCGAAAAUAUCUAUAGAAUCAUGCUUGAGUGUAUUAGGGAUGAAGCAGUCAUUCUUUCUGAGAUCGGAAUGCAUAAAGGAGAUCGAUGUGCAGAGCAAUAA